UGGCCAAAUCCUAAACACAUUCACUUUGCUCAUCUUCUUCACUGACUAAACAAAUGGAAUUCCGAACCCCAAAUGUCCACACUCAUCAAGUUCUCCAUGAAGGCUACUACGAAAGCACCAGCUCUACGCCCUUCGCCAGUGCGCCUUCGAGCGCCGGACGGGCGCUCGGACCAAGACCCGGGUUCAUCAACGGCGGCUUCUUUUACAGUGCACCGGCUAGCCCUAUGCAUUUCGCAAUGGCAUCAUCAUCACUUGGUUCUUCGAUGGUGGUGUUUUCAUCGACGACCCAACCCUCUUCUCCUGGUUUCGAAUUCUCCGAGCCGUCGGGGCCGGGUCGAACAGGAUCCAUUCGUUCGGCCGAUGAGUUUUUCUUUGACGGAAAGAUCAGACCCAUGAAGCUAUCCACUCAUUUGGAAAGGCCUCAGGUUUUGGCUCCAUUGCUGGAUCUCGAACACGAGGACGACGAAGAAGAAGAAGAUUUAAGGGCCAAUAAAGGUUACAGCAUCAAAGCUGGGAGAAGAAGCUCAAAGAGAUGGGUUUUCUUGAAGGAUUUUCUGAGGAGCAAGAGUGAAGGAAGAAGCAGCAACAAUAAUUAUCAUAAGUUAUGGUCAACGAUUUCAUUCUCUCUAGCAAAGGAAGAGAAGCCAAAACCUAGUGGAGGUGGUGAAUCGAAGAAGAAGAAGCCGAUGAACGGGAUAGGGAAAAGGAGGGUUCCACCAUCGCCGCAUGAGUUGCUCUACACUGCAAAUAGUGCACAAGCUGAAGAGAUGAGGAAGAAGACAUUCUUGCCUUACAGGCAAGGCUUGCUUGGCUGCUUGGGUUAUAGUGCCAUGAAUGGCCUUGCUAGAGCUUUGAAUCAAGCUAAUUAAGGGCCCUGGGAAAUUGUAAAACUACCCUUUUUAUGAACUUAUUAAAACAU